AUGGCGGAGCUCGGCGGAAUGCUUGCCGCUGCCAUCCUCAAGGUGGUGAGCGACCAGAUUGGUUCGGCUAUCGGAGGUCAGAUCACCCUGCAGAAGAACUUCGACAAGGAUUUGAGGAAGAUGAAAAUGGCUCUGGAAUCUGUCGAGGCCUUGCUCAAGGUCGCCGAGAGGCGGUCCAUCACUGAUGAACCGACGCUUCUGUGGCUGAAGCGGCUCAAGGACGCCAUGUACGCCAUCUCGGACAUGAUUGAUGACUUCGAGGCCGAUACAGAACCAAUCACUCAGCCGUCUCCACGGAAGGUAUUUCUCAUUCAAAAAUAUUUGGCAAUUAUGAUCCCGUGUCUCAUAGUUGGUCCCAAGAUUACAAUGGCCAACAAGAUGGAGACGAUGAGGGAGGAUCUGAAGGUGAUAACCGAUCAGCACAAGGAAUUCAGAUUAUGGGAAGACGCUAAUACCAAUGAGCCAAAGGUUACCGAUAUACGGGAAACCACGUCAAUCAUGGAGACACAUAUUGUUGGGAGGGCCAUUGCGGAAGAGGAAAUAUUGGCUUCUUUAUCUGAGAACAUGCAAAACGAGAUCACAAUCCUUCCCAUAUGUGGAAUUGGAGGCCUUGGAAAGUCAACCUUGGCAAAAAUGGUUUACAAUAAUUCCAAAUUCAAAGAAUACUCUCAGGUGUGGGUUUAUGUGUCACAGAUAUUUGAUUUGAAGAAGAUUGGCAAUUCUAUAAUAUCACAACUAUCAAUGGACGUAAAGGAGAGUGAGUACAGUACAAUGCAGAUGAUACACAAUUGUCUUCAAAAGCUCCUUGCCGACAAGAAGAUUCUUAUUAUUCUAGAUGACCUCUGGGAGGGUGAGCAAUUUCAGCUGAAGAGUCUAAUCGAUAUGCUACAGAUUGGGAAGGGCAGUAACGUGGUAGUCAUAGUAACCACACGUGAUGAUGUCAUUGCAGAAAAAAUCUGUACCAUCAAACCAUACAAAUUAGCACCAUUGAGUGAUGAAAUGUGCUGGUCUAUAAUAAAGCAAAAGAGUUCAUUUGAAUCUAGAGAUGACAAAGAUCAAUUAGAGGAGAUAGGAAAGGUCAUUGCAAUGAAGUGUUGUGGUGUGGCUUUAGCAGCUAACUCUCUUGGACACAUGAUGCAAUCUAAGAAGCCAAGUGAAUGGGAAUCAGUGAGAGAUAGUAAUAUCUGGAAUGCAUCUUCUUCAACAGAUCUAACUUCUUUGCAAACUAUCAAAGUGUAUGAUGAAGAUAUGACGUUGUUGACCAUGCAUGAUCUGGUACACGACUUAGCAAGAUUAGUCAUCGACGAUGAAAUUUUUAUUGUUGGCAAAGGCGGGAACACUAAGGGAGUCUGCAACCAUUAUGCAUUGCUUGAUGAUUGUAGUAAGCCAUUGGGCUUGGAGUCAUCCAAGAUAAGGGCACUCUGUUUUAUGGACUGUGACAAAAUUGAACUUCACCAUGCUGCAUUUUCAUCUGCCAAGUCCCUGCGCGUCCUUGACUUAAGCGAGUGCAUCAUACAUAAGUUGCCAGAUUCUAUUGGUGUAUUGAAGCAGCUAAGGUAUCUUAAUGCUCCUAGAGUCCAAGAUACAGUCAUUCCGAAUGACAUCAUCAAGCUCUCAAAGUUAUUGUACCUUAACCUUCAUGGGUCUUCUAAAAUCUUGGCUUUACCAGAAUCCAUUGGAAAAAUUGAAGGUCUGGCAUAUCUUGAUUUGUCCGGUUGUUCAGAAAUUGAAAAGUUGCCAGAAUCAUUCGGGAGGCUUAAAGAAUUAGUGCAUCUUGAUUUGUCAAAUUGUUCUUGUAUUGGAGGUAUAUCGGAGUUCUUGGGCAGCCUCACAAAAUUGAAAUAUUUGAACUUGUCUCACUGCCAAAAAAUUGGAGAGAUGCCAGAAGCUCUGGGCAUCCUAUCAAAACUAGAGUAUCUGAACUUAUCUUUCAGCUCAUAUCUUGAAAGUUGCCAAGAAGCAGAAGUUUUGGGCACCCUGAACAAACUUGAGUAUCUGAACUUAUCUUCAGAGAAGUGUGAUCUUCGAAAGCUUCCGGAAGCUUUGGGAAGAUUCAUUCAACUCAAGUACUUAAACAUGUCAGGUUGUAAGAAAAUGUUAGACUUGCCAAGGUGGAGUCUAAAAAAUUUGGUGCAUCUUGAUCUAUCAUACUGUCGUAGUAUUGAUUGUCUAGAUGAAGCUUUGGCUGGUCUUUCCAAUCUGCAACAUUUGAAUUUACAGGGUACAGGUAUCAUGUUGUUGCCAGAAAAUGUGACCAAUCUCAAGUAUUUGAAUGUGUCUGGUCUUAUUGAUAGGGCUGAAGAUAGCAUUGACAGUCUCAUCAACUAUAUAUGCAAUAAUUUUUUGAAUCUGGAGCAUUUGGACUUGUCUCAUAAUUGGAUGGGAAGUAUUCCUGAAAGUAUUUGUAACCUGAGAAAACUGCAUACACUGAACCUCGCAAAAUGCUAUGUUCUUACAAAGAUACCAGGUAGUUUAGGUACAAUGGAUAGUUUGAAGUUUCUUGAUAUAAAUGAUUGUUUUGGAAUCUCCAAAGCCCCUCAGGUUGGUAGCAGUGCAAUAUCGUUACCACACUUUGGGGUGCAGCCUGGUGAUGGCCACUCUAGUAGCAACCUCGUCCUGCUACAACACAUAGAUCCUGUGGAGCUCAACUUGACUGAACUUGAAAAUGUGAAGUCCGUAGAAGAGGCCCAACGUAUAAAUUUGAUGGAGAAGAAAAAUCUUGAGUACUUGAAACUGAAGUGGACUCCAGAUGCUGAGAGGUUUGUGGAUCAUAAAAUUUUGAUGGAAAACCUGGUGCCACCAAGCACAUUGAAGAAGCUGGAGAUAUGUGGUUACAAGGGUGUCAGCUUUCCAGCCUGGCUAGUGCUGGACCAAUUGCCAAACCUAGAGUGGCUGGUUCUCAGAGGCAUGGCAAACCUGGAAGAGUGGACCACGUCACACUCCAGUGGUGAGGAUCACGUGCUUGGAAAGUUAGAAAUUCAUGAUUGCCCCCUGUUAAGGUUGAAACCGCGUCCACCUAAAGCUAUAGCGUGGGUGAUAUCAAAGAGUGAUAAUGUGCUAUCAUCAUGGGAAGGGUGUAGUGGACCACACACCAAUGCCACCUCCUCCUUUUCUCCUGUAACUACUGAGCUGUCAGUUGAAAACAGCAAGGUACCUCUGCACCAGUGGAGCUUGCUUCAGCACUUCCCUGGCCUCACUGAUUUGCAUAUUAAAGGCUCAGUCGAUCUGAUCGGCUCACCAGAGGUCCAACAUCUCUCCUCUCUGAAGACUCUAGCACUAGAAGACAAAUACUUGGAAGAGCUGCCAAAAUGGCUGAACGAGAACAACUGGCAACUCAAAAGGCUACAGCUGUGGGGUUGCAGCAGCAUGGCAUCACUGCCGCACUGGCUAGGAGAAUUAACCUCCCUCGAACAACUUUUCCUGGUUGACUGUGAUGUCUUGUGUUCUUUGCCAGAAAGCAUACAACAACUCACCCAUCUCAAGAAACUAUACAUUAUUGGCUGCUCUGAGUUAAAUCACUUGGGUGAAAGGGUAUGUCUCCUGCCCAGCUCUCUGGUGAUUCUUGAUAUCUCGAAUUGUAAGGGUAUCAAGUGUUUCCCUGAGGGUAUGGAACAACUCACCAACCUCCAAACACUAAUUAUUUCUGAUUGCCCUGACCUAAAGCAGUGGUGCGAAUUAGAGGAGAACAUGAUGAAGCUGGCUCACAUAGAAGACAAGAGCAUUCGCUAGAGCUUGUUGAGUUAGACACUGUAUAUCGCACAUCAAAAGUGGCACUGACGGCACCCUCGAUGUCGCCGUCAGACAGAUGUGGCCCCCGAGGCUCCCGUGCCAGGUACAACUGCCAACUGCUGCUGCCCAAGGUUUGGAGAUGCAUGGCGUGCAAGCCAAGGCCACGCUGCACGUGACAUCCGCGCUGGUUGAUGUGUCUGACGAAUUCGGAGCCCGACUCUCCAGAGGUCGCCAACAUUCCUCUCCAGGAGGGCCCAGAUCCAGCCAAGCAGGAUGCGCCGACCAUGGGCCCUGUUGUUGGGGUGGUGGACGCCAGCCCACCAUGGGCUACCGCAAGUCAGCUGCUCCAACUCGCGCAGAUUUCCAGGGCAGAAUUAAACCCUCAAGCCCAAGCAGCGAUCUGGAUAGCUCAUUUGGAAGGACAUAUGAAGAUCAAUGUCGAUGCAGGCGGAGUGGUAGCAGCAAUCUGCAGAGAAGAGGCUGGUGUCAUAUGUGGCGGCCUCGGUUUUAACUGUACCUGGGAUCUCCGAUCUAGCAACCUUAGAAGCUGUUGGCCUGCCUGGUGGGUCUGCCUCUUGUUACUGAUCUAAAUCUUAAGAAACUGCUAGUGUCAUCCGAUUGCCUUGAGGUCAUCAACUCCAUCAAUGAUUUAACCAACAGCAAUUGUUUCUCUA